CCGAAGGGGCCGGACGUGCGGCCGACACGAGAUAUUUACGCGAUCGUUCAGUGUUAGUGAUCCAGUGAAGCUUGAGUGUCAAACUGUUGAUGGGACAUGAGUGCCAUUAUAGUUCAAACCCGGUUAUAGGACUAAUCAGAUAACCAAUGGGCAAUUCCAGUGACAAUGCGAGUGACUUAGUGUUGUGAACAACAUGGAGAUUGCAAAUCUGGUCCUGACACUAAUCUGUGUCAUCUCCUUCACGUGCACCCACGCCAAAAUAGGAUACUUCUGGCACAUCACAGACUUCCACUAUGACCCGCUGUACACGUCGCAGGGCGACACUAGAAGACAUUGUCGCAGAGCAGAUGAGCGAGGCAGUUCCGGCCACCACCGCGCCCUGGGCCGGUUCGGUGACUACUCGUGUGACUCCUCGUUGGAGCUCAUCGAGUCUGCCGCACGGUACAUGCGCACGCGCCACUCUGAAAAUGUUGAGUUCGUGCUCUGGACUGGGGAUAUCAUAGCGGCUCGUUACACGGGCAAUGAGGACGAUAAGUACCAGGCGAUCAGAAACAUGACAGAGCUGUUAAGUAGAACCUUCAGUUCUCACUUCGUGUUCCCAGUGCUGGGUCAUCUAGACCCCGCACCUUCGGUGCAGUUGACCAAUCUGUGGAUGCACUGGCUACCGCUGGAGGCAUUACAGACCUUUCAAAAUGGUGGCUACUACACUAUAGAACAGUCGUAUAGCAAGUUAAGGAUAGUGGCAUUGAACACAAACUUGUUCAACAUUAGGGAGUCUAACAGUGUGCAAGCGAGUCGCCAAUGGGAGUGGCUUGACGCAGUUUUAGAGAAGGCUACAACGAAUAAAGAAAUGGUGUACAUAGUAGGGCAUGCAGCACCUGGUUCAUACUCCCAAUACGGUAGUCCGGGAGAUCCCAACGCGAAGUACUUGCGUAUGGUGAGACGUUACGCAAAGGUCAUUGCUGGCCAGUUCUUCGGCCAUCUACAUGCUGAUACCUUCCGAGUCAUAUACGAUAAUGAUCGGCCAGUAUCAUGGGCUAUGCUCGCCCCGUCAGUGAGUCCACUUGGUGACAGGGGAUCGUCCAACCCUGGCCUUAGACUUUACAAAUUUGACACCAAUAAUGGCAAGGUUUUAGAUUACACCCAGUACUACUUAGACCUUUCAGCCGCGAAUCGCAACACAGGCGUUGCUGAAUGGACCGCAGAGUACAACCUCACUCAGUACUACAGCCUACACGAAGUUUCUGCGUAUUCACUACACAACCUAGCAGACAAACUGCGGAUAGGCGCGCCGCACGAGACCGUAGCGUUUAACAAAUAUCUUCGCGCGUAUAGUGUAAGACACGAAAGCACAGAGUCCUGCGACGGCGCAUGCGCACAUCAGCACUUCUGCGCGAUCACGUGCCUAGAACAAGUGGCUUACAGGCAAUGCGUGGAAGCCGCUGCUAGUGCUCUGGCUGCCGCUGGUAAAUCCGCUCCGCUUGUCGCUCCUCUCAUCACUAAAUGCAUUGCCGUUACUGUCGCUGUAUUAACUGUAAAUAUUCUAUAUAUAACUACAGUUGUUUAAAUGUAUCAUAAAGUAUUGUGCCGAAUAUUGUAAGAAUGUGAACUGAAUGGGUCUAAACCCAAUUUAUAGUUCGUUUCUGAGUGUGAAGGAAAAUAGGGCAAUGACCUGUCGCUUUUAGUUCGUUAUUUGAAUUUAUAUCUGCUGUCACAUUUCAACGUAACACGACGUCAAGAUAGGAACACCCAAGUUGAGAUCCAAGAUCCAGAUCCGCUGUCCUUAUUGAUUUUUUCCGCAUUUUGAAACGGAGUAUAGAAAAUCAAUGUAUACCUAGAAAAAUAUAAUAGAAAUCUUAAUUGCUUCAAUUAUUAUUAUUAUGUAAUUUUAAUAAUAAUUGUGUAUGAGUAAUCGCUGCUGGCAUUUGUGAUAUAGCUUGCUACCAAAACGGUGGAUUUAAGGAACUGUAACUUUUGUUAUAUAAUAGACAAAUGAUAAUCAAUAAAAAUGUAAAUAGUUGAUUAAUUUAAUAAUCAAUUUACUCGAUUAGUAUCAAAUAUUCAAAAUAAUAAAAUGAAGUAAGAUAAUUAAGUGUACAUUUGAAUUUUUUAAUAAAUACAAAUAGUUCAUAAUUAUUCCUUGAGAUAUGAAUAUAAAGCUAUAGAGUUAGUAUUAUUUUUAGAAAAUAAUAGUGACUGUCUUUAUGAGUAUUUAUUCAAUAGCUCAUAGCUAUGAGCAAAAUAGGCAAAAUGUAUGUAUUCUGUAUUUUUUAUUUCGAUUUUCUAAAAUUAUUUUUUUUAAAAAUAGUACAGGAGACCGGAGUUACUUUUUCAAGUUUUUAUACGAGAUAAUUUAUUGAACAACGUAAAAUCUCGUAGGAUAUUAUUGUGAUUGAAUACAAUAAACAGACACAAUAUGUCAUAACAAGAGAGAUUUUACCAAAAUCAAAAAUCCAUUAUUGUUAAAAACCUCAAAAAAAUACAUAAAAGUGUUCAUGGAAUGCGGUGUUUGUUUACCAUCAGUUAAUCUUCAAACUCAAAUAAGUUUGCCUACUAAACUGCCUAUAAAAAUAAUGGACGCGUGGUUCCGUCCUAAAAUAAAUGCCGCUAUAGGAAUAAUGAAUUUGCGAGCUCUGUUUGUCGUAGUCGACUUAUACGGAACAGUUUUCAUAAAUGAUUACAGCAUAACUUUUUUUAGCUCAGCUUGUUUUUUAGCUCAACCAACUAAACAAUACAAUAAAUUUAUCAAAAGGACAAAUUAAAUUGUAUUUUCCGGUCCCAUAAUAGCACACAACACUUCUACAGAAGAAAAUGUGAUUUAACUGUAAGGUUAUUCAAAUAUGUAUAACUAAAAAAUAAUUGUAGUUUGUAUGUUUGUAAAUAGUUUAAAUUGUUGUUUUAUUUUUGUUGUAAAUGAGGAACAACUAGUUGGUAAGAAAUAAUCGAUUGCUUAAUUUAAUUUGUGUGAGACCAAAUACAUGUCUGUAUGAUCGUUCGUGUUAUUUGUGUGUAAACAUUAUUUACGAUUUAGUUGAUUUAAUUUCACUAAGAUUAUGUAAAAUAAAAUCCUAACCUUUGGACAUGAUAGCCUUAAAUAAUAUUUAAGUUCCGUUUUUCUAUGUGAGAUAUAAAACAAAAAGUUAUGUAAUAUGUUUAGUCUUAGGGUGAAUUGCACGAGUAAAUUUUAACGUUAACUUUUUAACGCCAUUUUGACUAAAGUCAACGUCAAACUUAACUAUUGCAACUUACCUUUAGUACAUUGACUGUUUCGUACUCAAUAUCAGUAGCAGUAAUAUCUCAAAAGAAAAAAUAGUUAACUACAGAUUUUUAUUUCAUUUCUACGUACGUUUCGGCCUCCAAAACGAGGGCCUAUCACGAAACAUACAAACACGUAUUUUUUUCUUAAAUUAUACGAUUUAAGAAAAAAGUUACUCAUCGUGUAAAAAAAAAAUACAAUACGUGUGGAAGCAAUGACGUGUUACGUGUUUUAUGUUUCAUAGUAGCCUCGCAGUUAUGAUAUGUAAAAAAAAAAUAUUGUUUCUUUAUUUAAAAUUGAUGUAAAGACUUCUGUAUGAGAAUCAACUGGAUGUUUCAAACGGUUUUUAAUAAAGAAUGUGUAUUGAGA